AUGAUUAUAAAGGAAUCAUGUAUUGAGUACUUUUCAGAGUUGGAGCAAUGCAAGACCACAAGAUCAUUCUCAUUCGUCAAUUGUAUAGACUAUCACAGACAGUAUCAUUAUUGUGUAAAACAGAACUCUGAGAAAUGGGAUAGAUAUCUAAAGUAUCAUCUGUGGAGUAAUAAGGAGUCAUACUAUAAGUAUUGGGAGGAGAUUGAGAAGAAACAGCAGCAGCAGCAACAACAAAAGUAG